AAUUGAAAACGGGAAUAUCACAUCAGAGUUUACAAUGAACAACCACAACAUUCCUGCGUGUGUUUGGAAGGUGAGGGUGGAAGUGUUGAAGUGGUUUCUCGUGGCCACUGUUGCCUGCACCUGUGUGGGUGUGGUGUAUAUACAGUGGACACACAUUUGGAUACUUAGGGCUGAAAUGUCUGAAAUAACGCAGCGGUUCAGGCCUCUGGAAACAGCGGGGACAGAAGGUGGGAUAUGCUGCGAUUGUGCCGUGUUCUACGGGGUAAGCUGUUAUCACAGAUUCCCUGAGAGACGGAAACAUGAAGACGGCCGAGACAAGAGAGAGGUGACAGAACAGAGGAAACAGAGAAAGAGACGACAAACAGAGCGGCACACGUUUGUCCAUCUUGUUCCUGUGUCCUUGCAGUCAUACAAUGAUCAUGACACCACUGUUCUGUCUUGGGCUCUAGGGCAGAGCCGAGGGGAGGGGCUUCAGGUGUCAGGUGACACAGUAACAGUGGAGGCCGAGGGUACAUACUUCAUUUACAGUCAGGUGCUGUAUAAAGAUACCACCUGGAUGAUGGGUCAUGUGAUCACGAAGAGGCUGAAAGGGGCGGAGACUAAGCUGAUGAAGUGUUUAAAAAGCAUGCCCAGUAACGUCAGCCAGCCACUCAACACUUGCUACACUGCUGGAAUUUACUUCCUGGAGUCUGGAUCCACCCUUCAGCUCUCUGUUCCCCGUAAAUCAGCAGAGCUCAUCCUCACAGCUCACGCUACCUUCAUGGGUCUCUUCAGCAUAUGACCUGUAACUCACGUUUAACUGACAGAAACCUUUUUUAUCCUCUGCCUGCUAGUUUUAGUUCCAUAUGCGAGAAUUUUAUAGUUUCAUUCUCAACCAACAGUGAACGUCCUGCCACUGCUUUUUAAUGUGGUGAAUGGGUGACACCUAGUGGACAGUUGAUACACUGGCAAGUUUGAAAUGGUACUGGGCCUGCUAUGGUUUGAAUGUGGUAUCGU